AUGCCAUCACAAUGGGGCAUGGAGGACCGCAUUACCGCUAACGACUUGGGCAAUGGAAAUUUUCUUCUGUACUUUACCACAGAAGAUGAUCUCAACUCUGUUCUUCUACAUGGUCCUUUUCACUUCAAAUUUUGUAUGUUUGUGCUGGUUCGAUGGGAACCUAUUGUUCAUGAUGAUUAUCCAUGGAUAAUUCCUUUUUGGACUCGAUUGAUUGGUGUCCCUCUACACCUUUGGACUGGCAAUAAUCUGAAGGGGAUAGGAUCUCGGUUGGGUCACGUCCACCAUGACACAAUUGAGCUGAUGGAAGGCAGAAUGCUUAUAGAUAUAGAUACUCGUCGGCCGCUGAAGUUUGCGAGAAAGGCUGAAUCUCCAGAAGGAGACGAGGUCACAAUUGAAAUCAAGUAUGAAAUGCUAUUUAAGCAUUGCUCUACUUGUGGUAUGCUAACCCACAAGAAAGAGUAUUGUCCUUCCUCAAACAUUCAGGCCAUGAUACUUCCGCAGGUGAACCGCCAUGGCGUCUUUACACGGGUUCAGGUACCAGAAGUACGAUCACAGUAUCAGUCUGUAAAGAAGGAGCCUCAGAAAAAAGCUCAGAUUACUUCUUCAUCGCUUUCCUACAGUGAUCACAAGUCUCGGCACUUCAAUGAUUCGAGAUAUGGCCAUAGUGAAAGGAGGUGUAUGAACACAAGGAGCAGAGGUCCAACAAACCUAGUUCCAAGAGUUGAAGAUAUUAGAGCACUUGAGAGGGAGAUUGCAAGACAGAGGAGAGAAGUAGAGCAACAAGACCAUUUGCAAGGGUUGGGGUUUGAUAUGGAGAAUCUGCCUCAAGCUGGUGAUGCCCAAGGAGGUAUUGAUCCAAGAGCUGAUCACCUUCGACCACAGUGCCAGCCACAACAUCCACCGCGACAAGCUCGCGCCUUUGGAGCCUAUGAUCAACCUCACAUUAAUGGUCAUAGGUUAGGAAUCAAAGCACCACCAGUGGAGAACAACAACUUCGAGAUCAAAUCAGGGCUGCUCAACACCAUAGAGAACAACAAGUAUCAUGGUCUUGCUGCUGAAGACCCUUUUGAUCACUUAUACAAGUUUGACAAGUAUUGUGGCUUGUCUAAGACCAAUGGUGUUUCUUAA